UAGACUUGUGGCCACCAAGCCAAAGACACAAAUGUCACAAAAUUUAAGAGUUAAAAAAAUACCUCUGAUUUAAUGCAUCUGAGGCUGCAGAAUUAAAUCUGACUUGCCUGCUGCCGUAACUUCACGCAGCGGCAGCGCCAGCGCCAGCGCCAGCAGCAGAAGAAGCAGCAGUAGCAGUAAUGGCAGCCGGGCGGUGAGACACAUGUCACAACAGUCUGUGAGCCGAAAAACAUUAUCGCUGGGGCCGAGAGACGACACUUAAACAAAAUGUCUCGGCACAGAAACGUCCGAGGUUAUAACUACGAUGAAGACUUUGAAGAUGAUGACAUGUAUGGGCAGUCUGUGGAUGAUGACUACUGCUGUAUAUCACCAGCAACAGCGAAUCAGUUCAUCUACUCGCGUCAAGAGAGGCAGCCACCAAAAGAAGAGCCUUUAGAAGAGGAACAAUAUGAAGAUGAAGAUGUUCCUAUGUCCCCUACCAUCAGUCACAACCUUGACCCUCUUGAUCAAGCCAAGCUGUAUUCUUGUCUGGAUCAUAUGCGGACAGUGCUGGGAGAUGCAGUGCCAGAUUCAGUCCUCAGCCAGGCAGCCAUAAGAUAUGGAUUUGACUCACAGAAGGCACUGGAUGCAGUCCUGUCUGAAGACACUAAAACAGCCCCUGUUAAAAGAAGUACCAAUGAGGAGACGGCUUCGGUAGCAGGAGUUAGCCAAGAGAAAGCGCCACUUCCACAAAGAACCAAACGAGAGCCCGUGGCUGACAAAGGAGCCUGCUUGUUUGCUUCUCACACAGACAUUACAUCCAAGGCACAUAACCCCCAGCCUGAUGGGUGCAAACAUUCACAACCACGUACCCCAAAUUUGCAUGACCACUUAUCUCAACAUAAGGCUGACCUCGUGGUUAGCAGCUCUGAAAAUCUAAAUGUUAUCCGUCAAAAUGUUGGUUCAGGUGUUAGCAGUCUAGCACAGCUCAUGUCUGAGCAUGAGCAGAAGAGUAACGGGACAGCAGUAGUUGAUACAGGGCGAGGUUUGGGUGUUCCCCCAUUAAGCACUCUUGCCAUAGGACCUAAUUCACCUCCAUCCACUACAUCUAAUCCAAAUAGUCUUUCAUUGGGAACGUUGGCGUCUUUAAAUAUGUCCUCAGCAUCUCACAGCUCAGCUCCCUCACUCCUCUCAGUUUCACUCAGUAGUCUGUCACUAAAUUGCCCUAAACUAACAACUGCAGGCUCUUCUGUGGCUGCUCCUCCUGGGUUCGGGAAUCUCACUUCUGUCCUCCAGAGCAAUCCGCUUUUAGUGGGAGUUGCAACAGGAGGCAAAACCACAGUGGCUGAUCCUAAGGGAAGCCCAUCAUUGGCUGAUUUAAUCCAGGAGCACUCAAACCACAGCCCAACUAUCAGUAACUAUUUCCCCACUCCCCAUAGUAGUGGAAUUUCUGUAAAGUGUCAGGGUAUGGCUGCACCAGCACAAACUUUCUCAUUGUCUGAGCUAGCUUCACAGCACCAAAACAGGAGCUUGCAUAUUCAGUCUCAAUCACAGAGCACUGAGCGACUGACAGAUACACUUACCCUUUCUAAACCACCCAAUAUUACCGCUACAUGCCAGGGUGGGACUGUCUCACUGUCACAGCAAGCCUUGCAGCAUCAAACCAGCAGUUCCUUAGCUUCCCCUCAACCUGUCAACACUGAAUCUACUGCAAAUGCACUGAAACAACCACCUGGCCUUUCUGAGCUGCUCUCUUUGUCACAUUUGGCUUCUGAACACAAAGGCAAAACCUCAACCACCUCAUAUGGGUUGCAGUUCUCCCUCACUUCGCUGCUGUCACCAGCAAAACCAGAGAGGGCGGGUGUGUUGGCAGAAAGUACUUCAGAAUGUGGCAUCAAGUGUAAGCUCGACCACAAAUCGAACCACCAAAACUCCAGGCAACCUAAUCUGGGCCAGACUAUUGAUUUGAGCGAACUCAUGGCCCAGUCACAUGGAGCGGGCCCUCGUCACUCCAACAACGACCUCCCUUCACUCUCUUGUCCAGCUCCAGGAUCCUCGGCGCAGGAGUCGUCAGUUUUUGCAACACCUUCAGUAUUUGCCGCUACUUUGUUGACUCAAAGCCGCAGACAACAGAAGAUGACAAGAAAUGUAUUGAAGGGAAAAAUAAGAAGUCAGAGGACAGGAAGUGGAUACCAGGCCUUCCUCUGUAAAUCGCAGGACAACUCCAAAGAACAGCUUACCCCACUUUCACCAAUUGUACCAUUCUGCUUUGACACGCCAUCACCCGAUGACAUCGUCCGUGCUAAUCAGCGAAAAGCUUUCACCAGGUAGACGAGUAAAUAAAAAAACCCACUAAAUUCAGUUGUCCAGGUUGGUGCUAAAUUGACUCACUUGGGAUGAGAACCUCAGAUCUUUUUGGUGGCCUCUACUCCACCUACUGAACUAAAGUCAAAAGAGAUGCAGCUCUUAGGGUCAUCAGCCCUAAUGUGUCUUUCUAAGUACUGUGUCCCACAAUCAGUCAUGUGGAGUGAGGAAACUUUGGGACCAACAGAUCAACACAAUGACAUGCUCGCUGCUGAACACUGCUAGAAAAUAUUUGCUUGAAACAGUAUUAUCAAGGUAAUUAUUAUAUUUCUUACCGAGGCAAAGAGAGCAAAGAGACAAAUCUUAUGUUGCUACUAUAGACACAACAAUAAUGUUUUAGUCAAACAGGACAAAGACCGAACUACUCAGAACCACUCUGGCAGCUUGAAAUCAAUUGCAGCUAAUGUUUCAAAGGAUUUUAGGAACUUUUAGAAAGAUUUGUCCUCAUUUUCUGUAUAUAUUUUAAAUUUUGAGUCUUAUUUUUGUAUGCUUAGAUGGCCAUUGGCUUUUUAAUUUUUGUAUGACAGUAAAGUAGUGUAAUCUUAGCCAGGGAAAAUUAAAGUGUCUCUUCUGGCAUGGCCUCUUUUUUUUUUUCUAGCUUUGAGCUGCAUGAACCCUCAAAAGAGAAAAAGAGGUUGAUUUGGUUGCAGGUGUGCUGCAGCUAUUGGAAUAUGGAUCAGUUAACCAUUGUACUGGUUUACUGCUGCCUGUGUUUGAGAUCAUGGGGUUGACUUUUUGCUUUAGAGGACACCUGGAGAUUUUCCCAUGAGACAGCGAGAACACACACACACACACACACACACACACACACACACACACGCGCGCACAGACGCACACACACAGACAAGAGUAAACAGUUUUUAUUAUUUGAUAUUGACAAAAUGAGUUUAAUAUGAGUGCAAGCACUGUGAAUAAAGAAAGUACUGAUUAAUGCAAAAUGAAUGCCUUCACACCUGAGGUAAAGGUUUUUCUUUCCUUGCUUUUAUGAGCUUUUAAUAUUACGAUGUACAGAUGGGUUUGAUUUACACUGGGUGUGUCAUCACACAUUGCCAGAGGUUAAUUUGUUCAUUUUGAAAUAAAGAUGACUGAAUUUA